AUGCCCAUCAAUAUGCCAAUCACAUCCCAGGAGUCAGAUCAGUGGGCCGUACCCUCUUCCGCCUCAUCUACUAUCCUCUUCUGCCUCACCUGCUAUCCCCUUCCGCUUCACCUUCUAUUCUCUUCCGUCUCACCUGUUAUCCUAUUCCGCCUCGCCUGCUAUCCUCUUCCGCUUCUCCUGUUCCGCCUCACCCGCUAUCCUCUUCCGCCUCACCCGCUAUCCUCUUCCGCCUCACCUGCUAUCCUCUUCCGCUUCACCUUCUAUUCUCUUCCGUCUCACCUGCUAUCCUCUUCCGCCUCUGCUAUCCUCUUCCGUCUCACCCUCCUCUUCCGCCUCAUCCCUCUUCCGCCUCUACUUCCUCUUCUGCCUCACCUGCUAUCCCCUUCCGCUUCACCUACUAUUCUCUUCCGUCUCACCUGUUAUCCUAUUCCGCCUCGCCUGCUAUCUCUUCCGCCUCCCUGUUCCGCCUUCCGCCUCACCCGCUAUCCUGUUCCGCCUCACCUGCUAUCCUUUUCCGCCUCCCUCUUCCUCUUCCGCCUCACCUGCUAUCCUCUUCCGCUUCAUCUUCUAUUCUCUUCCGUCUCACCUGCUAUCCUCUUCCGCCUCACCUGCUAUCCUCUUCCGUCUCACCCACAUCCUCUUCCGCCUCACAUAGUCUCUUCCGCCUCAUCUAUAUCCUCUUCCGCCUCACCUGCUAUCCCCUUCUUCCGCCUCUAUUCUCUUCCGUCUCUCUGUUAUCCUAUUCACCCUGCUAUCCUCUUCCGCUUCACUGUUCUUCUAUCUUCUGCCUCACCUCCCUUCCGUCUCUAUUCUCUUCCGUUCACCUGUUAUCCUAUUCCGCCUCGCCUGCUAUCCUCUUCCGCUUCUCCUCCGCCUCACCCUAUCCUGUUCCGCCUCACCCGCUAUCCUUUUCCGCCUCAUCCUCUUCCGCCUCACCUGCUAUCCUCUUCCGCUUCACCUUCUAUCCCGUCUCACCUGCUAUCCUCUUCCGCCUUCCCUCUUCCGCUCUCAUCCUCUUCCGCCUCACAUAGUAUCCUCUUCCGCCUCACCUGCUCCUUCCGCUUCACCUUCUAUCCUUCUUCCGUUAUCUUCCGUCUCCUCCCGUUCUCCUGUUCCGCCUCACCCUAUCCUCUUCCGCCUCAUCCCUCUUCCGCCUCACCUGCUAUCCUCUUCCGCUAUUCUCCGUCUCUAUCCUCUUCCGCUUCUUAG